CAUAGUCGAAAAUGGCAGCCCCUGCUUGACUCACAUGUUGAAGUUGUACGUUUGAUUAGCUGUUGAUAGAUAUAUGAGAAGGUUUAUAUGAUGUCAGGUCAUAUAAAGGUUUCACAUAGUGAACUUUGUUAUGAUGCUGAGGUCUUAUUGCCACUUAAAGAAGAUGUUUUGGAGAGGGAGACACUCAAAUCACAGUUUCCUUCAGCAGUGGGUUUGAGAUACCAUGUAGGAGGGGUGUUGAAAGCCGUUGCAGCUGAUACAAGAGGGUUUUCUUCUCCAGAUGGAGGUUGGGGAACAAGAAGAUAUAUUGUUGUAACAACAGCAGAACGUGCUGGACAAGCAAGAGAUAUCAUUGGCAACAGGCCAAGUACAAGUGGAUUGGCUCAGCAGAUUGCUUCUGUGUUUAAGUCGUCAAAAGCCACUUCACACCCAAGGACACAUUUCUCACCAAUACAGGGAGCUGCCUCCAGAAAAGACAUCAGACAACAAAUGAAGAAGAAGAAGAAGUUAUUUGAAAAGUCAUAUAAAGUUGUUUUUAUUGGAAAUAUAAAAUUGCCAGGCAUUCUGUGUGCAGAUAUUAUCCUAGAAGAAGGAUUAAUUAACAUAAGUUCGGAGGAUACAGAGGACACUAUUAAAAACAAACUACUUGACAUAUUUGACAGUACUGACAAAGAUCCCACCAAGAUCAAUUUUUUAUCGUGCUCCCAUAAAAAAUUAUCCAAACCAAAUGAACCAUCAACAUUCAAAUUUGAUGGAAUAGGGCUGAAGGCUCUGAUUGGUCAAGGGAAGCUAUAUGUUCUCGUCGAGGGCCCUGAGUUCGAAAAUGAUAUGGACAUGAUGGAUCAAAACAAAUUAGAUGACACAGACAUGACAGACGAGGAACUUCCAGUAUUCGGCAAGACACACUCUUUACAGAAACCACAAACAGACAUCACCAAAACUGUGCAAAGUCAAGAUAUAGUGGAAGGUGAUCCGGAAGGUGAUCGGGAAGAUACAGGCACACCGACAAUAACAUUUCAUCCAUCGUGCUUAGAACGUAGAGAGCGUAGAUCUCGAUUAAGCUUGCGGUCAUCUACUGGUAAUGAUGCUCCAGCAUGUCCUUCAACUUACAGGUCAUAUGUCCAGCUGUUUGAAACUGAAAUAGUAACAGUUGAUGACUCUGAUGAUGAAGGUGACAAAACCAUACCAAUGGAUGUUGAUAUCAGUUUGCCAGAGUUAUUAAUAAAGUUACAGUCACAGGUUGACCUGGAGAAGAUAACGAAAUUCAAUAUCAACAGAAACCUUGUUUUAGAUGGUGCUCGGAGUGCCAUCAAAAGGAAAUCCUUCUGUGCUAAAAGCAAGAUAAGUGUGAAGUUUAGGGACGAUGUAGGAAUCGCAGAAGGUGCCAUAGAUGAAGGUGGACCAAAAAGAGAGUUCUUGAGAAUGCUGAUGAAAAAGAUCCAAUACCUGCACAUUUUUGAAGGUCCUGAAAACAAGAAUUUUGGCCUAUAGUACAUCAGCCCUAGAAGACAAUCUGUACAGAGAUGUUGGAUUAUUCUUUUCCCUAUCCAUUGUACACAGAGGACCAUCACCAAAAUUCCUUUCUCCAGCUAUGUACAAUGCGUUAGUGGGACAAGCUGGAGAAAGGAAUAUUGAAGAUAUAGCAGAUGGUGACUUGAGAGGAGAAGUUCAAAAGAAGAUGAGGAUGGUGAAAUUACCUUAGGUGAUGUUUUAUCAUUUGCAACUGGAGCAGACUGUGUACCUCCAUUAGGAUUUGAUCCAUCACCAUCUAUUACUUUUCUUCAUGACUCAGGAUUGUUUCCAAAAGCAAACACAUGCUCAAUGGAGUUGAAGCUUCCAGUUUCAGUAGAUUUUAAUACAUUCAGAAAACACAUGACUUUUGGAAUUGCAAACUCACCAGGCUUUGGACUGGCAUGAACCAUUCAUUGGAGCCUCUAAUUUUAAUAUUCAUCCAUACUUCAUCUUCAUUUUUUGUCUUGCCUGGUGCAAAGGUUGUUACAAAUACAAAUUUGAAUAUUUCUGUAUAAAUAUAUUGAUCAUAUAAAUUCUUAUACAAAUGGUAUCAUGUUGUCGUUGUCCAUAGACAUUUGGUUUUCACACAAUAACUUUAGUAUAAGUAAAUAAAAGUCUAUGAAAUUUAAACGCAUGGUUUUUUACCACAAAAGGAAGGUUGGGAUUGAUAUUUGGAGUUUUGGUCCUAACAGUUUAGGAGGAAGAGGCCAAAAGGGUAAAAUUUUAACUCUUUUUUUGUUUGUUGAUUUCAUCAAAAAUUGAAUUAUUUGGGUUCUUUGAUAUGUCGAUUCUAACCGUGUAUUUGGAUUCUGAAUUUUUGGUCCUGUUUUCGAAUUGGUCUACAUUAAGAUCCAAAGGGUCCAAAAUUAAACUUAGUUUGAUUUUAACAAAAAAAUAAUUCUUG